UGCCCGAACCAGAUGCGGCCGGUGUCCUCUGGCUCUGCUCGGGGAGAAUUGAUCUGACAUUGCCCCUAAGGAUGGCUGUCCCCCACCCCGACCCCACUGGCCGCGAGACACCAGGGCUGGGGUCAGGUGGAACUCCGGUGCAGGUUACAGGACGUUCCUGACGAGCCGAGUCGGUCGUCUCCUUCUCUCCCAGCACCGUGGGGCCGGCCGUGUGCACGGAAGGUCCCCUCGGGCCCCGGGAGCCGUCUCAUCGACCCCACCCCAUUGCCGCCCCAUCCAGGGCCCCCCGGGCGCCGUCAUGGCGGAACUGGGCCGCAGGGACUCCACGCUGGCGGCGCUGGACGAGGAGGCGCUGUGGGAGAUGAUGGAGAGCCACCGCUGCAGGAUCGUGCGCAGCGUGUGCCCCAGCCGCCUCACGCCCUACCUGCGCCAGGCGCGCGUGCUGGGCCAGCUGGACGAGGAGGAGGUGCUGCACAGCGCCCAGCUCACCAACAGCGCCAUGAGAGUGGGACACCUGCUCGAUCUGCUGAAGACCCGAGGGAAGAACGGGGCCAUCGCCUUCCUGGAGAGCCUGAAGUUCCACAACCCUGACGUCUACACCCUGGUCACCGGGCUGCAGCCCGACCUUGACUUCAGCAACUUCGGAGGCCUCAUGGAGACGUCCAAGCUGACCGAGUGCCUGGCGGGGGCCAUCGGCAGCCUGCAGGAGGAGCUGAGCCAGGAGAAGGGGCAGAAGGAGGCGCUGCUGCGGCGGUGCCAGCUGCUGCAGGAGCGUCUGGACCUGGCCGAGGCCCGCGCCGAGGGCCUGCGCCAGCUGGAGGCCGACCACGGCCGCAUGAAGCGCGAGGUCAGCGCCCACUUCCACGAGGUGCUGAGGCUGAAGGACGAGAUGCUCAGCCUGUCGCUGCACUACAGCAACGCGCUGCAGGAGAAGGAGCUGGCCGCCACGCGCUGCCGCGGCCUGCAGGAGGAGCUGUACCUGGCGAAGCAGGAGCUGCAGCGCGUGAACAUGGUCUCGUCCUGCGAGCUGGAGUUCCAAGAGCGGACCCUGAAGAUGGCCAGUGACCUGGCGCCUGGGGACGAGGAGCUGACCCGCCUGAAGGAGGAGAACGAGAAGCUGCGCUCACUCACCUUCAGCCUGGCGGAGAAGGACAUCCUGGAGCAGCACCUGGACGAGGCGCUGGAGAGCCGGCAGGAGCUGGUGGACCGCAUCCACUCGCUGCGUGAGCGCGCCGUGGCCGCCGAGAGGCAGCGCAAGCAGUACUGGGAGGAGAAGGAGCAGACCAUGCUGCAGUUCCAGAAGACCCAGGUGGACUGCCAGCUCUACAAGGACAAGAUGAACGCUCUGCGGGGCCAAGUGUCCGAGCUGCAGAAGGAGCGAGACCAGGCCUACGCUGCCAGGGACAGCGCCCAGCGGGAGAUUUCCCAGAGCCUGGGCGAGAAGGACUCCCUCCGCAGGAAGGUGUUCGAGCUGACGGACCAGGUCUGCGAGCUUCGCACUCAGCUGUGCCGGCUGCAGGCGCAGCCUCCGGGUGGGCCCGAGCAGGAAGCCGGGGCCCGGGAACCCGGGCCGCGGGGGAAGCAGCGGCUGGUGCGCAUGCGUGCCAUCUGCCCGCGGGAGGACGGCGGCGAGGGCAGCCUGCUCAGCUCCACCGAGGGAGGGCCGUCCCCGCCCGCGCCCCGCCGACCGCCACCCGCCCUCCUCCAGUCCCAGCUGAGGUCCGACCUGAGCGCCACAUCCAGCCGCGAGCUGGGGGACAGCUUCCGCUCCAGCAGCCCGGUGCCCCCCAGCCAGCAGUCCCUGUACAAGCGGACGGCCGAGGACUUCCGGGAAGACUCCUGGUCUCUAAGCACCUGCCUGGAGAUCCUGGAGGUGGACCCAGGAACCCCCACGGGAGAUAAGGGGGGCGACGCAGACCUGGACUAUGAGAUCCUGGACGGGGCAGACCUCUUCCCGUGGGGGAGCAGCCUGCAGCCGGUCUCCUGCGCAAGCCUCCAGGACUCGGAGAGCAGCGUGCCCAUGCGGCGGAGACCCGCGCGCAGGAUCCCGAGCCAGGUCACCGUGCUGGCGUUCCAGGGCGACCGGCUGCUGGAGCAGAUAAGCGUCAUCGGCGGGAACCACACGGGCAUCUUCAUCCACCGGGUCGCCCCCGGCUCCGCGGCGGACGAGAUGGCCCUGCGCCCCGGCACCCAGAUCGUGAUGGUUGACUACGAGGCCACGGAGCCCCUGUUCAAGGCCGUCCUGGAGGACACCACCCUGGAGCAGGCCGUCGGGAUUCUCAGCAGGGUGGACGGCUUCUGCUGCCUGUCCGUGAAGGUCAACAUGGAGGGUUACAAGAGGCUGGUCCAGGACCUGGAGGCCAAAGUGGCCACUUCAGGGGACUCGUUCUACAUCCGGGUCAACCUGGCCAUGGAGGGGAGGGCAGAGGGGGAGCUGCAGGUGCCUUGCAACGACAUCCUGCACGUCACCGACACCAUGUUCCAGGGCGGCGGCUGCUGGCAUGCCCACCGAGUGAGCCCCUACACCAUGAAGGACACCCCAGUGCACGGCACCAUCCCCAACUACGCAAGGGCUCAGCAGCGGCUCAUCUCGCUCAUCCAGGACGUGACCCAGCAGUGCGCCCCCACCCGCAAGUCUUCUGGGGGCCCACAGAAGCUGGUCCGCAUCGUCAGCGUGGACAAGGCCCAGGCCAGCCCUCUGCAUCCGUCCUUUGACCAGGGCCAGUCGGCCCCCAGCAGGGUGGAAGCCCCCGCCGGCAUGUGCUUCUGGGCCGAGAGCUGCGUCACGCUGGUGCCCUACAGCCUGGUGCAGCCCCACCGGCCCGCGCGGCCGCGGCCCGUGCUCUUCGUGCCCAGGGUGGUUGGGAGGAUGCUGAGCGAGAAGCUGAGCCUGCUCCAGGGGUUUAAGAAGUGCGGAGCAGAGUACUUGAGCCAAGAGGAGUAUGAUGCCUGGAGCCAGAGAGGGGACAUCGUCCAGGAGGGGGAGGUGUCCCGUGGCCACUGCUGGGUGACUCGCCGCGCCAUAGAGUCCCUCAUGGAAAAGAACACCCACGCCCUCCUGGACAUCCGGCUGGACUGUGUCCGUGCCCUGCAGAGGAUGGAGAUCUUCCCCAUCGUCGUCCACGUCUCCAUCAACGAGAAGGCGGCGAAGAAACUCAAGAAGGGCCUGCAGCGGCUGGGCGCUUCGGAGGAGCAGCUCCUGGAGGCAGCCCGGCAGGAGGAGGCCGAGCUAGACAGGGCGCCCUGUCUGCACAGCAGCCUGGCUGCCGACGGCUGGAGCGACCUGGACAGCCUGCUCGGCUGCGUGCGCCUGGCCAUCGCGGACGAGCAGAAGAAGGUGGUGUGGGCAGAGCACAGCCCCCCCUGACACCCCCGCGGCCCCUCCCGGGGCCACGGGGACCUUCGCCCACCUGAGAACGCAGCCCUGUUCUUUGAGCUCGGGGCCUCUCGGGCACGGCUGUGGGGUGCCCAGCACACGAGGCCAGCUCUCCCCUCUCUGGCCAGGGCCUGGCCUUGAACGCUCGCCACGUGCAGGUUGUGAACAGUGGGGCCCUUGUCUUCGCUCACCUUUCUGUAGAAAGCACCUCCCCCCUUCCCUGGGGCUUGGCGUGGUCUGAACCAGUGACUCUGGGAACGUUUCUGCAGUGGGCAGGGGUCUUCCCACACCCUCCCCAGAGCUGGAGGCCGCAGCCCGCUCCAGAAAACCACGUGUCUGCAGACUGCCCCACCUGAACGCAGGGAGGCUGCACCUUCACGUUUCCGGGUGUCCAAGGGCUGGUUCCAAACCCACCGAGGCAGCAGGGUGGGAGCCUGUCGCCCCCACCCCCAAGGUCGCUGCUGCCCUGCGCAGAGCAGCGGCACAGACCCCGUGUGCCGUAGCCCCCACGCGCUCUUCUCGGGUCUGAUGCCAAGGGAUGCCUCCGUAACUCCGGUUCAGAGACACCAGCGUGUUCACCUGUAAAUAAAGCUUCCACGUGACAGAAACAGCAUUUUCAGUGGGUCUGUGCCUGGCAGCCUCCGUGUCCAGCCCCCCAGCCCCGGGGUCCAGGGGGCGUCCUGGAGAAGCCUGGUGCAGACCCCUCUGGACAGGCCUGGACUCCUCCUGAGCCCGCGAGCUGCCUCCCCCCACCUGGCAUCGUGCCCCAGCCCCUUCCUGGGGCCAAAUAUCUUCCCUCCACCUCCAGGGCUGGGGAGCCAUACGGGCACGGCCCAGGCGGGUCCCCCCACCUCCUGGCCUUGCCUCCUGCCCCCAGGACUGUCCUAGACUGAAUGUCAUUUUGACAGCUGGGUCCAGGAAUCACAACAUU